UACUCCCGGAAAAGUACAGUUAUUAGUUGGUUCCCGAGCACGGAGUUGUGAAGAUUUGCCACCGAAUAACCGCAGCAUCAUCCUCCAAGCACAAUGGCCCGUACCAAGCAGACCGCCCGUAAGUCCACCGGUGGAAAGGCACCACGGAAGCAGCUGGCGACCAAGGCCGCUCGUAAGAGUGCCCCAUCGACCGGUGGCGUGAAGAAGCCUCAUCGUUAUCGACCGGGAACGGUCGCUCUGCGUGAAAUCCGUCGUUACCAGAAGUCGACGGAGUUGCUGAUCCGUAAGCUGCCGUUCCAGCGGUUGGUGCGUGAAAUUGCGCAGGAUUUUAAGACGGAUCUGCGCUUCCAGAGUGCGGCUGUGGCUGCUUUGCAGGAAGCUAGUGAAGCCUACCUCGUGGGUCUGUUCGAGGACACGAAUCUGUGUGCCAUCCACGCCAAGCGCGUCACGAUCAUGCCCAAGGACAUCCAGCUGGCUCGCCGUAUCCGUGGAGAGCGUGCUGAAGUGAAAAUGGCUCGUACCAAGCAGACCGCCCGUAAGUCCACCGGAGGAAAGGCUCCACGGAAGCAGCUGGCGACCAAGGCCGCUCGUAAGAGUGCCCCAUCGACCGGUGGCGUGAAGAAGCCUCAUCGUUAUCGACCGGGAACGGUGGCUCUGCGUGAAAUCCGUCGUUACCAGAAGUCGACGGAGUUGCUGAUCCGUAAGCUGCCGUUCCAGCGGUUGGUGCGUGAAAUUGCGCAGGAUUUUAAGACGGAUCUGCGCUUCCAGAGUGCGGCUGUGGCCGCUCUGCAGGAGGCCAGUGAAGCAUACCUCGUGGGUCUGUUCGAGGACACGAAUCUGUGUGCCAUCCAUGCCAAGCGCGUCACGAUCAUGCCCAAGGACAUCCAGCUGGCUCGCCGUAUCCGUGGAGAGCGUGCUUAAGAAGGCAUUAACAACAUCGACUCAGAUAAACACAAACGGUCCUUUUCAGGA